AUGAACAACCAAUGUAAGUUACCACUUUACACAGCCCAAAGCAGCCCUGCAAUGGGUAUGUUUAACACCUCCAUGGGGAAACUGCAGCAACAACUGUAUAAGGGGGAGUAUACUAUAUUCAAGUAUGCCCCAAUGUUUGAGAGUGACUUUAUACAGGUCAGUAAAAAAGGAGAAGUGAUUGACGUGCACAACCGUGCCCGAAUGGUGACCGUGGGCAUCGUUCGCACUAGCCCCCACCUCACACUACCUGAUGUCAUGCUGCUGGCCCGACCAGCUGCUAUCUGUGAUGACUAUAACAGAUAUGGCCCUGCCACCCAGGGAAAAAAUUACAAGUCUACACAGAUCUUAGAGCUAACCAGACUGUUUCCCUUGAAAUUUGUAACAAUAUCCAUCCAUAAUGGUAAAAAACAACAGCUCCGCCUGAAGCUUGCCACUGGCCGCUCUUUUUACCUUCAGCUGUGUCCCCCUUCUAACACAAAAGAUCUUUUUGUUUAUUGGGAAAACCUUGUUUACAUUUUGAGACCACCAGUAGAGGCUUACAGUGGUUCCCAGGCCAUCCCAGUUGGAGACACACUGGACAUAAGUGGGUUUGAAGAGGAGGACAAGAGCCCAGCGGCAAGUGUCAUUCAUUUCUUUGGAAGGGAUCAAGAUCAAGUUGACAUCAGGAGUCUUCACAUGAACCCUGAAUUGUUUGGGGCCACCUCUUAUGGUUAUGCUAGGGAGGAAUGA